AUGAUAGAGGAUGAAAUUGCAUUUCAGCAGGAUAAGAUGAUUUUAAAUGAGGUUUGCAAAGAGCAUUCCUUUUUUUCAAAAUAGAUAAUCUAUCUGUAUCAAUGCUCAUUGAGAAAUUAUCAUCUUUCAUGUCAGCUAAUAAUUUAAAUUUACCUCAUUAAUAAUCGAAAUCAGUUAAAAUUAAUUUUAUUUAAAAAUUAUUUUUAAUUUACCUAAAUAAAUAUUAUCAAACACUUCUCCUUCUUCAUCCUCUGCAUUAAAUGCAUUGCCCAUUGUUUGUAUAUUCCUAAUACUAUAUCUUCUUUCAUAUGUUGCCUUUUCUUGAAUUACUGCAAUUUUAUGUAAAACAUUUUUAUUUUCUUCUAAUGCAUUCUUUUUCUCACAUCUGAAAAAAAAGAAUUUAAACAAAGUAUCUAAAAAAACAAAUUAAUUAUUAUUUAAUCAUUGUUCUUACUUAGCAUUUUUAUGUUCUAUUAAAGAAAUUAUUUUUUUAUCUAAGUUUUGAUAUUUAGCUUUCAAUUCAGUUAAUUCUUUCUGUAACUUUUCUUUUUCUUGUUUUUCACUUAACAAUUUUUCUCCAACAGUCCAAAGUUGAGAACUCAUGUUAGCAACAUGUGUCUUAUAUUUAUUUAAUUCAUCUGCCUGUUUACGACAUUGCAGUUCCAUUUUUGUUUGUAGUGACUCUAAUGUUUCCUGCACACACUGUUCUUGUUCUCUGUUUAGCUUUGUUAUUUGUUCAUUAUAUGCUGUUUUCUGUAAUAUGUGUUAUAGAAAUAAAUGAGUUACAAAAAUUGCAAAAAUAAAAAACAUUAAUAUGCCUACCAUAUUUUGUUUAAUUUCAUCUACUUUAAUUUUAUAUUUAUCAUAAAUAUCUUUUAAUUGUUUAUCAACAUCCUCUUUUUUCGGUCGUUUGCUUAAUUCAUCUCUUUCUUCUUGAAGCUUUGAAUUUUCUUCUUUUAAUUGUAUUAACUCCUUCUUUAAGUCUUCUACUUCUUUUAAUGAUGUUAUUUUUAUUUCUUGUACUUUAGUGCUAAAUUCACCAACUUCAUUUUCUAAUUUUGCAUUUUUUAUGCGUACGCAGUUUAAUUUACUUUCUAAGUUAUUCUUAUCUUCUAUCAAUUCAUUAAUUUGCAAUUGUAACUUUUUUUCUGUUUCAGAUUGGAAUUUUGUUUCAUCACAUUUAAAAUCAUUUUCAAAAGAAAUAACUAAUUUUGAAAAAUCGUCUAUUUCAUUCUGUAAUUGAAUAAUAUUUUCUUGUAAUAUUUUAUUUUUAUGUAGUUCUGUUUCAAUUACUGCUUUUUGAUCAAAAAAGAUGUCUGGAGAAAUAUCUAAUAUUUGUUCAUUUUUUUCUUCCAACCAAAUAUCUUUUAUUUUUUGUUCAGACCAAGAAAAUUGUUCCCAUAAAAUAUUUUGUAAAGAUUUUAUAUUUUGAAAAUAAUGAAUAUGGUGUUUAAAUAAUGCUUUUUCUAAAUAUGUUCUUUUGGUUUGUAUAUGUUUUAAUUCAUCACACACAGAUUUAUCCAUCAUAAGAAUAUUAUAAGAACUUGUUAAUAAAUUAUCCCAUUUUUGUUUUAAUCUAUUUAAAGAUGUAUCUAAAUCUUCUCUUGACCUUAUGAUAUUCUUUAAAUAAUCUUUUAAUGAUUCCUUAUGCUUGAUCAGAAUAUUUAUAUUUUUUAAGCGAUCUUUAUAUAAAUUAUUUAGUUCUUGUACCUUAGUUUUUAAUAAUUUUAUUUCUUCGCAUUUUGAAACAUAAUUAUCUUCAAUUAUUGUUUGAUUUUUGAGACUUUCACUUAAGUUUGCGUUUUCAUUUGAAAGUUGUAAAAUUAAUUUACGUGAUAUUUGUAUUUCAUUAAUCGAUGACCUUAUUGUUUUUAAAACAUUUUCAUUUGUAUCAUCAUUAUUUAUAUUUUGUAUAUUAUACGUUGCAUCAAUGUAAAUAUUUGCACUUAUUUCUGCAAUUGUCGAUUUUAAAUCAUUUACUGAAUGUUGUAAUUUUUCACAAGUUUGUAUAAUUUCUAAUUUUUUAAUAUCUUCAGCUUUAUAAUAUUCCUUACUUUUAUUAAGUUCAUCUUUUUCUUUCUUUAACAUUUGCUGUAACUGUUCUAGCUGCAAACAUUUUUCUUUUAAAGCUUUCUCUUGUGUUUUUAGAACUGCAUCUUGAUUAGAUCUUACUUCUUGCAGAUUUAUAAUUAUUUCUUUCAGUUUCAUUUCAGAAGCAAUUGUUUCUCUUGAUAAUUUUUCAAAUUUAUUCUGUACAAGUUCCAGUCUUUCUUGUUUUAAUUUUACUUCUAUAUUUAGUUGAUCUGAGUGAUGCUGUUUUUCCAACAAUUUUGUUUCUAGUUCUUUUAUAAAAUUUUUCAUUUUAAUUUCUCCCCGUGUUUGUAAAUGUAUGUGUUCUUUUUCUAAUUUUAAAGAAGUUAUUUCUUCAAAUAAAUUUUCAAUUUUCUUAUUUUUAAAUUUUAAUUCAUCUAACAUAUUACACAUUUCUUGCUGAGAUUUUUUAAGUUUAUCAUUUACAACAUUUAAAUCAAGAAAAAUUUUUUCAUUUUCAGAUUUAAGAUCCUCAUGUUGUUUCUGAAAUACUUCCUGUGUUUUUUCAAAUUUUUUCAAUUUUUCUGUAGAUUCUAUUAAUUUUUGUUUGGUACAAAUUAAUUCUGCUUCCAAAUCAUUCAUCCUUUCCUUACUUUCCAUCCUUAGUUUUAUUAAAUCAUUUCCUAAUGUAACAUUAAAAUUUAUAUUAUCCUUUAAUUUCUUUUUAUUAUCAGUAAGUUCAUUUUCCAAUUGAUUCUUACAAAGUUGUUCUUCAGUGUAAUUGGUAAAUAAUAUUUUAUAAGCGUUUAAAAUACUUUCACUAGUUUCUUUAUUAUAUUUUUGAUAUUCGUUUAUUUGAUUUAAUACAUCUUUUUUCAUUAAAUAAAAUUCUGUUUCAAGAGUUUGAAAAUUUUUCCUCAACAUUUCUAUACAUCUUGAAGAUGCUUGCAAUAACGAAUUUUUCUUAUUUAUUUUUUCUUUAUAUAUGUGCAAAUCUUUUUCUAAAGCUUGCUUUUGAAAUUUAAUUUGUUUUAAAUAUGAAAUUUCUUCAGUAUGUUUUUCUAUAGAGAUAGUGAGCUCAUUAAUUUUGGUCAUAUUUUCUCUGAUAGUUUCCUUCAAUUUUGAUAUCUCUGUAUUAUUCUGUUCAUCUUUUCGUUCUAAUUUAGAUAUUUGUAAUUGAAAAUUUUCAAGCUUCAAUUUAGCUUCGUUCAUAUCAUUAUUUAAUAAUUCGGUUUCUUGUUGCUUCAAAGUAUAUUUUUCAUUAAAUUUAGAUAAUGUUAUUUGUAGAUGUUCUAUAAGUUCAGUAGUUGUUUUGUUCUCUAAAUUAUCUUCUAUAUAAUCUAUAUUAUCCGAUAUAAUUUCUUUUAAAUUUAUAUUAUAUAGAUCAGCAGAAUCUUUAUACAAAUUAUUUUGAUUUCUUAAUUCCUGAAUAUAUUUAAGAUUUUCAGAUAUUUGUGAUUUGACUUCUGUAAGUUCAGUGUUUAAUGUGACAUUAUUUAUAUCUUUUUUGUUUAAAGAUUCCUCUAAGUCUUUAACUUUUUCUAUCAAAGAAUUUUUUUCAAUAAUUAACGUGUUUUUGGAUUUUUCAAUGUGUGAUAAGGAUUCUUUUUGAGACAUACAUAACAUAUCUAAAUUUUUAUUUUGAUUUAUUAAAGAUGCUUUUUCUUCUUGUAAAAUUUCAAUUUGUUUAGUUAAUUCAUUUACAGUUGCAUUUAAUUUCGUUUCCGUAUUUUGUAAUGUUUGUGUCUUCUUUUUCAACAAUUGUAUUGUAUCUUCAUAUUCUUGGCUUAUAGAUUCUAAUUUUUCAUUUGUAGCAUCAAGUUGUACUUUUAGUAAAGCAGACUCUUGUUUUGCUUCUUGUAAUUGAAUAUCAAUUACAGAACUUAAGACUUCGCUGGUAUUUAAAGAUACUGAAGUGGCAUGACUAAUUUGAUAUUUGGAGUUGGUAUAGGAUUGUUUCUUAUUUUAAUUCUAUGGGCUUUGGCCCUACUAGUAUUUAUCAUUUCUUUAAGAAUUGAAAAGAAAAUUGGCACUGUUGCUAUAAUUAUAGUUAGUAUAUGCACAAUUGUUUUAAUUACAUUGCCCAGGGCAUCAGAGAAAUCUAAUAUCAUUGAUAAGAAGAUAUAUGAUCAUUUAUUCAUUUGGCGUAUUUUAUUACUGGUAUUAUUAAUAAUAUCAUCUAUAAUUGGUUUAGUGGGAUAUAUGAAGUUUGGGAUAGCAGAAUCUAUCAGACCAAUUCGAAUAACUAAUUGGAAUUUGCUACUAAACCAGUAGUAUUUCUUACUAAUUAUGUAAAAUAAUUUUAGGAAAAGACUGGCCUAUUGACUUUAGCCUAAUUUUGUAUGUUUGUUUACUUUGUAAUAUAACAGUAAAAUUAUAAAAUGUUACGUAGUACUACCAAAUUCUCAUCAGUUCUGGUGAGAUCUGUUUUUUCAUCAUGCCAGAAGAAAAAACAAUUUGAAAUAAAUAACAAUAGUGAAUUUGUUAGUAAGGUAAUGAACAGCUCAGUACCAGUUAUUGUGAACUUUCAUGCUGAAUGGUGUGAUCCUUGUAAAAUAUUAACGCCUAAAUUAAUUGAACUCAUAGGACCAAUGGAUAAACUAGAUCUUGCUAUUGUAAAUUUAGAAUCAAAUCCAGAAUUAGUACAUAUUUUUGAAGUAAAAGCCGUACCAGCUAUUAUAGCAAUUUCAAGCGGAUUAGUAGUUGAUAAAUUUGUAGGUUUAACUGAUUUAGAUAUCAUAGAAAAUUUAAUACAAAAACUUACUAAUGCACCUGUAAAUUCUGAAAAUGAUAAAGAAAAAAUUUAACAUGCAUUUUGACGUAUUAUAUAAAAUUAUUAAAAUCAAUAACCAAAUGUAUUUUUAUAGUUUGGAUUCUAUUUCAGUGUAAUAUUUUUAGUUGUUAUUAUAUAUCAUAAAUGUAAAUUAUAAAAUUAAUUGAAAAUGUAUAUGAUAAAUUACAUUAAAUUGUACUGAAUAAUGUAAUCGUCUUUAAAUUUAAUUUAAGAAAAGUUCUAAAACUUUCAAAAGAUUCCGAAUUGGAAUUAUAACGCUAUAAAUAAUAAAUACCAG